GUUCGAACUUCACUUACAAAUAUCUCUAGUCUCUACUAAUUCAACUUCCAUAAUUUUAUUUCUCUCUCAAUUCAAAUCCAAGUUCACCCAAAUUUCAAGCUUAUAGAGAUGAUGAGGAAGGUGGAGAAGCGUUCUCUAUCUGUCAAUCCUGAUUACAACCACCUCGAACGGUUGUUCCGGUACUUCGAUGAGGACGGUGACGGCAAGAUAUCAGCGACGGAGUUACAAAGUUGUGUGAGGACUGUGGGCGGCGAGCUGUCGACUGAAGAGGCAGUGGCGGUGGUGGGAUCGUCGGAUUCCGAUGGUGAUGGGUUGCUUGGUUUGGAUGAUUUUGCAAGGUUGAUGGAAGGGGAUGGAGAGGAGGACUUGAGGGAGGCAUUUGGGAUGUAUGCGAUGGAUGGGUGUGAUUUUAUAACUGCCAAGAGCUUGAAGAGGAUGCUGAGUCGACUUGGUGAGUCGAGGACGAUUCGGGAGUGUAAAGGCAUGAUUAGUGUCUACGAUUUGAAUGGGGAUGGCGUACUUACCUUCGAGGAGUUUAGAGCUACGAUGCGUUAAUUAAAUAAAAAGGCCACUCACUCCCUUCCUUCUGUUCUACAUUUUUCUAUGACGGAGUUUCCAAACCUAAAUCCAUUCCCUCUUCUUCUUCUUCCUUUAACUCUCAUGGCCGCUGCCCCUUCAUGCAAAUUCCAUCGCUGCCCACCACUAGCCGCCGCUGCUCUCCCUAGUGCGAGAACCACCUGCAAUCUCCCCUCCCACCGAAAACCCUAUCAUAGUCUAUUUGGGCCACUUGGUGGGGUAGGGGAUCUCCAGAUCCUUGAUUGUGCGUUGAAGGAAAACUUCUUCUUUACUAUGUAAAUUGUUACUAUGUAAAUUGAUUUUUUUUUUUUCUUAUGAAUUAUUUAUUCAUUCUUUUAAUAAAUUCAUUAAAUAGUUGGAUGA